CCCGUGAGCACCUGUACCCGUGUCUCCUACUCCAGUUCCGCUCCCACCUUACAUAAUACGGACAAUUGUUCACCUUCGCCUUUUUCGGAUUCCUGGUGUCUCGUCUUUCCCAUCACCACUCCAUCUCUCUUCUUCCAGUUCGGUUCCAUUCUCCCUUCAUUUCUCCCUUUGUUUCCUCGUCACAGGAUAUCCCGGCGCAUUCCAACUCCCACACCAGCUCGCUCCCCCUCCUCGUUUCCCUCCUCGUCCACCGCCGUAGCUGUCGAAGAAACACGCUCGUUCUUUACCCAAAACUCUUCGUACUACCUAAUUCAACUCCUCUCCCGAUCCUCACCCCCUCGCACCCCGCCAACUUUGUCUUCAUGACCGCACGGCCACCAGUACGCACAAGCGCUGGGAACCGCGGGUCCUCCUCCUUAAGCUCUGUGCCCGUGCUCCCCGCCGCCUCGCACGGGGAUUCCAUCACUCCCGUAGGCGGAAGGACACCGUACGCAUCGGCGCCCGCAUCAGUGCUGGGAUCGACGACCGGAUUCACGUCGCAGCCGGGUUUGCGAGUGCCUGGCCGCUACUUUCACAGCAGACGUAUAAAGAAGGAGGACGUGCGGAAGCCGUGGACGGAGACCAAGGACCCGCGCGAGAAGUGGGUGACCAUAAUACCCUGCGUCGGACUGCUGGUCGGCUUGGUGGUGUGUGCGCUGUUGGUCUGGUCCGGCCUCAAGUCAGUCGUCAAUCACAAAUACUGUCCCGUGUUGAUGGAGGAUUGGAGUGGUGGGUUCGAUGAGAACAUCUGGACGAGGGAGGUGGAGGUGGGAGGGUUUGGGAACGGUCAAUUCGAAUACACGACCAACCUCGAAGAGAACUCGUAUGUCGAGGAUGGUGCGUUGCACAUCCGACCGACACUUAUGGACGAAAAGCUCCUCACGACCAACGGUGCCAUCCUCAAUCUCACGCAGAUGGGCAUCUGUUCAUCGGACGUUCCGUUCAACUGUGUUUCCUCCACUAACACCACGAACGGAACCAUCAUCAAUCCGGUGAAGUCGGCGCGUAUCAGCACGAAAAAGGGCGCAUCCAUCACGUACGGGCGGAUCGAGGUGGUGGCCAAACUUCCGGCGGGCCUUUGGCUAUGGCCAGCGAUCUGGAUGAUGCCCGUCGAUGACACGUACGGCCCAUGGCCCGCGUCGGGCGAGAUCGAUAUCGCCGAGAGUCGUGGAAACAACGCAACGCACCCGCAAGGCGGGAACGACAUCAUCUCGUCUACGCUCCACUGGGGCCCCGAUCCGGCCAACAACGCGUGGUGGAGGACAAACGUUAAGCGAAAGGCUCUGCACACCACCUACGCGGAUAAAUUCCACACGUUCGGCCUCGAGUGGAGCGAAAACUACAUCUUCACAUAUGUCAAUUCCCGCCUGCUGCAGGUUCUCUACACAAACUUCGACCAGCGUCUUUGGGACCGCGGUGCCUUUCCUCUCGCCAAUAGAAAUGGCACGAGGUAUAUCGAUCCGUGGGCCAAGACGGGCAGACAGAACACUCCGUUCGACCACCCGUUCUACCUGAUCCUCAACGUCGGUGUGGGCUCCACCAACGGCUGGUUCGAGAACGGCAAGCACGGCAAACCAUGGGUCGACGGCAGCAAGACGGAGAGGAAAGAUUUCUGGGACAGGAAAAACGAGUGGUAUCCAUCGUGGCAGAAAAACGGUGAGAUGAUCGUCAAGAGCGUCAAGAUGUGGCAGCAGUGCGACUGAAGGUUUGAGACUCAACCGUGACCCGUUUUACAUGUGUACAAGCGAAUGCACACUUCUUCACCUCUGUUUCCGGUUGGGAAUGUUGUCUUUUUUUUUCCUCUUUUCUUUCUGUCCAAGAUCUCAUGUUUUC